UCGUUCACGCGCCAUUAGAAGCACAAGCGUCACGCGAUCAACUUUGAGCACUGCAACUUCGGCGAAGUGAAGCGCCCGGCAAGAUGUCUGAGUCCAGCGGAUACUUGGCGCUGCGAUGGAACAACCACCAGAGCAUCUUCGCAACGACUCUCGAUGAUCUACGAAUCGCAGAAAGUUACUGUGAUGUGACGCUGUCCUGCGGCGGGCAAUUCUUCUCAGCGCACAAGUUCGUGCUGGCGACGUGCAGCGAUUACUUCAAGGAGAUGAUAGCACGCACGCCCUGCAAGCAUCCUGUGGUGUACAUGAGGGACGUCUCUCCGCAUGACAUGGAGGCGCUCCUCGACUUCAUGUACAAGGGCGAAGUUCACGUGGCGGAGACAGAGGUGCCUUCGCUGCUGCGCACGGCGGAGGGGCUACAAGUGAAGGGUCUAGCGGUCCCUGACAGCCCCAGGGUGUCUUCCCCAGUUCCUCAGUUGAGGGUACCACCUCCUCAACUUUCUACCUCCCCAUCAAGAAUCGCCACGCUCGUCCCCAAGAAGAAAAGAAGUGCAGACGGAUCUUUUAAGAAAGACGAGCCUCCAAGACUGACACCUCUGCCUCAGAACAGCGGAGGCGCUGCUGGUCAAGUCAACUCACCUGCUCAGGAAACGUCCCCUCAUGGGCGUCUUUGCGGCCCACCUCAACUAAAACGCCAGAAAGUCGCCCCGAGCCCCGUGAACGGGCCUUGUCUGGCCAGCACGUCCAAGGCGUCGUUGGGUGGCAUUUCGAAAGAUGCUUCCAUGGGCAACGGAGUUUGUUUCGGCGCCAAAGAAGGAUCGGUUGACCGCUCGUCUUCUUCCAGCGACGACCCGCAACCUGCUCUCAUCUCUCCUGAAAAAAUGCCGAAUAACAGCGUUGUCGGAGACGACGACCUACAGCGUAAUGAAGAUUGUGACGAGGCUUCAUUGCUGUCUUCAGUCUCCAAUCUAGUCAAGGAGGAAGUCUUCCGCUCCAACGGCCCCCUAGACAACGAUGAUGAUACGAAUGACGUGCUGCAAGUUGACCUCAGUGAGGACGGCUCCCAGUUCAUCAUUGGACCUGGCGGUCGAUUUCCCAACAAAGAAGAGAGUUUGGACGACGAAAGCGGCGAUAACCAAAAGAAACCGUUCGUGUGUCCUCUCUGUGGCCACGACUUCACCAGGCGGGAUAACCUGGCCAAUCACCUCAAAACUCACACGGGCGACCGGCCGCACAUGUGUCGUUACUGUCAGAAGUGUUUUUCGCGCAAAGACUACCUGAAGCAACACGAGCGCAUCCAUACGGGCGUGAAGCCUUACCAGUGUCAGCAGUGCGACAGAGCCUUCACCCGCAAAGAGGGGCUCACCGACCACAUGAGAUGCCAUUCUGAUUUCAAGGAGUUCACUUGCGACGUCUGCUUGAAAAGCUUUAAACAAAAGUGUGGUUUGCGAUUCCACAAGCGUAAUUACAAACACUAAUUUUUACUAGUCGCCGGAAUGCGGAGUUCUUUUGGGUAUCUUGCGGGAACCCAAAGUUGGCCGGUGUUUUGGGUAACUUUUAAUGGACGAAAGUCUUUUAGAAGGAAAAAAUUUACACAUUAUAGAAACAGUUUAGUUCUGUUUCUGUUUCCACCAGCUUCAGUCGAUUUUCUGACUAUAAUUUAUUGAUUCCGAUGUUGCUUAAAAAUUUAAGUUAUUUUACUAGCCCAUCACCCAAUCGUUAGACGAGACUAAACGCGUCCGACAAAAGGAUCCCGUUUUGAACAAUGGUCGUCUGAACUAAUGUGUUGGGUCUGUGCAUCAUCUAAAGCAAAUUAACGUAGCAAAAUUAUGAAAGGUAACAUUUUCUAAGCAACCACAAUUAAAUUCAUUUUGCGAAUUUGAGACUAUAAGCAUAAUUUUAGUAAUUUCGCUUUUACUGUAUUGAACAAGAGCAAAUUUUUGGCUGCAUCCAUGAAAUUAUGUUCUUUGAUUAAUAGGCGAUGAUCAUUGUUUGAAAUUUGUAGAUAUUUAUGUGCAUCUGUGUAGUGUAAAAAGAUCGCAUUAAUUUUUAAAUUAUUAUGAAUGGGGAAAGAGAUUUUGUAAUUGAUUACCAAAACGGUUCCCGAGCUUCGGCUUGUUAUUAGUUUUUGGCACCGAAU